AUGGAUGUUCCGGAUAUCCUGCCCCAGCUGGAGCGCCUCGACGGCGAGAUCGACGAUCUCGAGGAGGUUCUCGAGCCAUUCCUGGCCAGCAUCCCCGACGUCUCCAACAAGCUCCCCCUGCUUGACAAGGCCAAGCUCUACGUCCUCGUCACCUACGCGCUCGAAUCCAUCAUCUUCUCCUCCCUCCGACUCAAUGGCGUCAACGCAAAGGAGCACCCCGUCUUCCAGGAGUUGACACGCGUGCGCCAAUACUUUGAGAAGAUCAAGAACAUCGAGAACCCCCCGCCCAAGCCCGACCAGUCCCUCAACAAGGAGGCCGCCAUACGCUUCAUCCGGUCCGACCUGGCCGACAACAAGGAGGUCAACACCAAGCUGACCGAGAUGAUCGCCAAGGAGCGCGCAAAGGCCGCCAUCAAGGCCGCCAAGCUGGGCGAGAAGCGCAAGGCCGAGGCCGAGCCUGAGCCGGAGGGAGCGGAAGACGACGACGAGGGGUCGAACGAGCCCGAGGACGCCGCCGAGGUGCAGUCGGAGCAGACGCACAAGAAGUCCAGGAAGCAGAAGAAGAAGCGCAAGGGGAAGAAGGACAAGUCUUCAUCUUGA